AUGACUUCUCGUCUUAUCUCUGCCGCGGCCAUGGGCCUGCUCAUCGCCAAAGCUGUUGCUCAGGAAACUGCCAUCGGUGUCUGCAACUCGGGUGCAUGUGACUACUGCCCCAACAGCCUUAUUCAGCAGGGGACGGGCUACCCAGCCUGUGUCAUCUACAACCGUGAUGACGUCCUUGGAGCCAAGAAAGACGACUACCCUGUGAACGGCUCAAUUUAUCCUCUCUUCUUCGAUAUCCCUCCUGUCGACAACCCCACCUGCCGAACCAUCAUCCGCACUCCAGCUAACGUCGAUGAGCCUGGCUGUGGUUUCCCUCGCUACGCCGGACGCGGUGACGCUUGCACCAGCGUCGAGACCCACCCGACCAUCAUGGUCCAGUUCUGCUGCGGCACAGGUGACUGCACCGCUGCCGGUGCUUCCAAGCGCGGUCUUGCGGGUACCAGCUCCAUGAGUGCUGUCCUCAAGGACGCAGAUGGCAACAUGAUUGUCCCGACUGCCGUCUGGGCCCAGGGCCAAGACAUCAUGGACCAGUUUUUGCACGACCACGGACUCAACCUUUCCACCGUUGUCCAGACCGUCAGCGAUGCCGGCGUCUCCAUCUUCAAGCCCGUUGAGCCGCUUCUCUCCCUGUCAGCUGCUGAGAAGCCCGUUGAGAAGCGCGACUGCGACAAAUUCAUUCAGGAUGGCGGCGAAUACACCACCGUCGGUAGUCAAUCCUUCCGCAUCAGCCAGGACUUCUGCGGACCAGAUGCAGGUGUCACUUACACCGAGAGCGUCAGCGUUUCGCACACCACCAGCUUCAGCUCCACCGUUGGCGACCCAUUCGGUAUCGUCUCUGCUUCCGUCGGAUUUGAGACUACCGAGGAAACCUCCAGCGAGGUCAGCUACAUGUUCCAGGCUGGAGAAGGCCAGUGUGGAUACGUCGCUUUCACUCCUUACUACGUCUGUGUCAAGGGUAGCAUCGAGGGCUGCGACGCCGGUCCCCAAAGUGGCAACGUCUGCACUCCCAAGCUCAAGUCUGACGGCAAGCCCGAUGGUAUCUCCGCCUUCGUCUCAACCGUCUGA